AUGCGUCCCUCUUUGCUUGUACUUACCCCUCUCUUGGUCACGGCCACCACGCACGGCCUCACUCAGCUGGAGGCUCUGCAUCUUCUGAAGCGCCAAAGCAGCGGCAACGGCGCCUUCAUCCCCGGUACAACAACCGUCUCCGACUGUCCGGAAGGCUCAAUCCUGUGUGGCACCAGCAACACCUGCUACUUCCCCUCGCGGGGUGACACUUGCUGCCCAGGCGGGACCUGGGCCUGCCCCGGCGACUCCUUCUGCCUUCAGGACCCCUACUGCUGUCCCACCGGUCUGGACCGCGAAACCUGCGCCCAGCAGUACGGCGUGACCCUGACUCCGACCGUGUCGAGUGCCGCGGACGUUCCCGACACCACCACUCAACCGACCUCCGCGCCCUCCGCUCCAUCCUCUUCCUCCACGUCCGUCGAUGAGACACACAGCAGCAGCAGCAGCUCGACUUCCGUCCCUGUCAUCCCGACCACAACCUCGAGCACCUCCGCGGGCGCUCCGUCCUCCGUGCCGACUUCCACCCCUGCUGCGUCUUCCCCCGCCACCGCCACUCCGUCGACUGGACUGUUCACUGGCGGCGCUGUACACGCCCGAGAGAUGGCGGCCGGUGCACUUUUGCUAGGCGGAGUGGGAGUGAUGGCAAAUGUUCUGUGA